AAAGCGCAUUACGCAUCCCCACUGAAAGCCAUUUUGUUUUUCAGGACUCUGCAAGGGUAGCUGGGGUGAAUUUGCACCGAGGAAGCAGUUUUAGUCACCACAGUUCCAUCUUCUCCGCGAUGUUGCCCUUGGCCAAAAACGCACUGAGCCGUCUCCCAGUUCGAAACAUUCAGCAAGUGGUGGCAAGGCAGAGCCACCAGAAGAGGACACCUGAUUUUCAUGACAAAUAUGGAAAUGCUAUAUUAGCUGGUGGAGUUAUCUUCUGUGUUUCUGCGUGGACAUAUACAGCCACACAAAUUGGAAUAGAAUGGAACCUGUCUCCUGUUGGCAGAGUCACCCCAAAGGAAUGGAGAGAUCAAUAGUCAUGCCAGCUGGUACAAUAAUCAUUCAAAAACCAACUUAUAAGUGAUGCCAAGUCAAAGAAUCAUCUGUUCAUUAAAUUAUGGCAUAUUGAAAAAAUAAAGUACCUUUGAAAUCUUUUA